AUGCAUACAGAUGAUAAUCAGAUUCUAUUGAUACCACAGAAGUAUGCUACUGACUUAUCAACUAAAACUAACAUGCUAACUGCUAACACAGUCCCUACUUCUAUGAUUUCAUCAAUCAAAUUAAGUAAAGAUAACUCUGACCUUUAUGAUGAUCCUAAGCAGUACAGGUUUAUUGUUGGAGCAUUGCAAUAUUUAACCUUAACAAGACUAGACAUUACAUUUGCUGUGAGCAAAAUGCAGAUUGGAGUGCUGAUGUAUGUUGAUGAUAGAAGAUCGAUGACAGGCUACUGUGUGUACUUUGGAAGGAAUCUAAUUGCCUGGAAAUGCAAUAAACAACAAGCUGUUAGCAGGUCCAGUACAGAGGCAGAGUUUCGCGCUUUGGUAGCUGUGCAAUCUAAACUUGUAUGGACUCAGAAUCUGCCCCUACAAGAAAACCAUUGA